AGUUCUGCCACGUGCUGCACCAGAUGAUGCUGCCGAGCCGGCAGCGGAGCACCGAACUACCAACGAGCCAGACAACCAAUGGUUUGAGGCCAUGCAGGGGAUUGUAGCGGCGCAGCGGGCGCAAGCUGGACAGGAGGUGCCAGACGAGAUCGGACCUGCCGAGUUAGCAGCUGCACAGAUCGAAAUCUACGCUCAACAAGCCGUAGCAACCCCGCGCAGUUCUCCGGACCGCGACAUGACUCCGCCGUAUGACCCCUAUGAUAAUGGACACUACGGCUCACCGAGCUCCCAGUAUGGUCCGGACGACUAUGACGGCCAUGAUGACGACAGUUUCCAGAGGUACAUUAUCACUCACGGUCUGACGGUCGACGAAAUCGAAUGGAGCAGUGUUUCGGACAUGACGGAUCUGGAAGAGAUGGAAAUGAACGAGCGAGAAAUCGUGUCCACUGCCCCGGAUAUGGAAAAGUACAACCGCUCGCGACGUUCUCGAAAGCCUCGUCCUCCUCGCCGAUUCAAGACGAUCAUCACCCGAAUCCGACCGAAACUCGAGGCCGCGAUCACGGACGUGACGCCUGCAGAAGAAGAUGCCGCACUGGAACGGGAACGCAAGCGCCGCAAGAAGGGUCAAGCGUGGCUCAAUUCAAUGAAGGCGUUGGCUCAAGCACGACGGGAAGCCAAGGCCCGUCAAGAGGCUGGUCUGCCGCCACCCGAGUUUACCUUGCCACCCACCAGUCUUACACCCAGUGGACAGAAGAAGCGUGUCAAGAAGGAGUCGGAUAAAACUGAAGCUGAAGACGAAUCGGCUGAUCCUGGUCCCAGUGGGAGCGUCAGCGUGGACGUCGACAACCAGGCGUUGGCUCAGGUGAAACGCAAGAAGAGCACAAAUGGCAAGAGCCGCGCUCGGAAGCCAUCUCCGCCUGUCGCGCCUUUGCCCGCUUAUGAUUAUCACGAUGGACACGAGAACCAACAGUACCUGGAAGCGCUCGGUCAAGAGAACUACGAUGCCUUGUUAUCGACUCAAGCAGGUGGCUCUGACAACGGAGUUGCGGCACUGCCCGACGACCCAAAUGUGGCCCCGGACUACUCCGCCCUCCUGCAUGCUGCCAACGAGUCUGCAGUCGUCGAUGGAAAUGGCGAACAUCAUCACGGAGUUGACCCUUACUAUCAGCAGAAUUACGAUGUCGACGAGAGCAAUCCCGUUUCGACCUUGGUCCAGGCGGCCAACAUGUUUUCGAACGGGCAAGCCGAUGCGUACAUGCAGAACGCCAACUUUGAUUACAGCUCGCUUCACAGUCACAAUCCUUAUGCGAGCAUCAACUUUGCGCAAUUCGGUCAGGCUGGCGAGGGGUCCUCGACCGGCGGUCAGUUGCCACCCGUUCCACCUCUCGGACGUACGCUGCCGGGAAGCAACUACAGCACGCCAAGUCCCGGCAGGGCGGCGGUCUCGUUGACUACCACUCGCACAGGCGAAAAGAGACGACGAGGUCCCCCGGUGAAAAAGAUUGCUGGCGCCAUGCUCAUGCCCUUGACGGAUGAGCAGUGGGAAGCUGAGAGAAAGAAGCGCAAGAAGGGAUUCGGCUGGGUCCAGGAGACCAAGGCUGCCGCCGAGGCAGAGAGGUUGGCGAGAGCUCAAAGGGCGGCGGGGUUGCCAGUCGAGGCGCCACCCAAGAAAGCACGUCCGUCCACUUCGGGCAAGAUGGUUGACCAGCAAGACAUGUUUGGACACCCCGACGAUCUGUACCAUACGCUUGAAGGCCACGCGCAUCACGAGACGUUGGCGGACGCGCAUGGACAAGGGCAGGGGAUGUUGCACGACGGCCAGGACGAUAUCGUUCCCUUCCCGUCGACGGCGGACGACGACUUUGCUUUGGGCACGGGUCUUUACGAGACGCAGGAGCAGGUCAUGUCGCACUACGCCGACCAUACGCAGAACGGCAAUCACUAUGGCGACGUUACCAUGUCCUGAUAUGGGUAUGGAUUGGGUAUGAAGAAGCAAGGAGGAGUCUGUCAUUUCUCGUUGUAUCACGCAUCUGUUUUGGGGUUAGUUGUCGCCACCCAACAUAUAUUGUAAAUUGUGAUUAGAUACAAAGGUGGCGAGAUACGGCUUCGUCAUUGUGAAUCGAUUCAGAGUCUGUCGACAUGGAUGCAUUUCG